CUCCGGCUGGCGGGAGGCAGACAACAUUAAGGCGGCUUUGUCUUUUAUCAAAUGUAAAAAUGUCUGGCUCUGGGUCUGGAAGAAUGCAACUUGUCAUGCUAAAUCUGAAGCAUGCAGAAAUCUGUGUUGCAUGAAGAUUACCAGAAGUCGUUCAGUUUUGACCACGUCGGGAGGGAGUUUCUCAUGCAGGAUAGGCAUGAGAGAGAUCACGCAGAAUCUGUCAUGCUAGGUCCUGCAUUCCAGACCUCAUGGGUCAGGGUCAUGGAGAAGCUGCAUGACAGAUCGCGCAUUCUUCCAGACCCAGACAUUUUUGCAUUUGAUAUCUUUGCUUGGUGUACCAGAGCGGAGGUCCGUCGAAGAGAUCUUUGCACCUGUCCAGCCUUCUGAUAAUUCUACGUCGUCCAUCUCCGUGGCGCGGCCAAGAGCUGUAGCGGACCACCUGUCUGAGAGAAUGCGAGGCGACGGCGGCGACAGAGCUCCUGCCGUGGCGGCGCCACAGCUACAGCACGGGCCCCACGAUGUUUGCA